AUGGACAUUGGAAUCAUCGGUCUGCCUCAAUCUGGCAAGACCACCGUCUUUAACGCAUUGACCCGCGGCAACGCUGACACCAGCGGCGCCAGCGGGUCUGCCACUGAAAUGCACCUGGGCGUCGUGAAGGUUCCCGACUCACGCCUCGAAGUCCUCUCCGGUAUGUAUAACCCUCGGAAGGUAGUACCGGCAGAGAUCAAGUACUGGGAUGUACCUGGACCGGAGUCCCUGGCCAAGUCCCAGGGUAUAGUUGGAAGGUACCGGAACAUUCUGCAGAGCGCCGACGCUUUCCUGGUUGUCAUCAGGGCAUUUGAAAAUCCGGCAGUAGUUCAUCCAAUGGAGACUCUUGACCCGGGCCGGGACCUCGAGACCAUGCUGGGAGAAUUGACCUUCGCGGAUCUGGAAGUCAUGGAACGGGCCACCGAACGGUUGGAAGACGGGAUGAAUAAGGCCAAACCCGCCGAACGCCCUGCAAUGGUUCGACAACUUGAGACAGUGAAAAAGGUCAAGGGGGGUCUGGAGGAAGGCAUACCUAUGCGUGUCCAACAGUUGACCGACUCCGAGGCCGCCAUCGUUGAGAAUUACCAACUGCUUACCGGUAAACCCGUAAUUGUGGCAUUCAAUACCGAUGAAGAUGGGGAAGAUCCUUCCCUGGAGCCUCUGGGGCUGGACUUGCCAGCAGGGGUGCAACUGGGUGAAGUAUGCCUGAGCGCCAAACUGGAGGCGGAACUGGCGCUGAUGUCCGACGAAGAAGAAGCUGAGUUUCGAGCCGACCUGGGUCUCGACGAGUCGGCGUUGACCAGGGUCAUUCGAACCAGUUACGCCACGCUGGGGUUGAUCUCAUUCCUGACCGUGGGACCCGACGAGGUUCGUGCCUGGAGCGUACCCGACGGCAUUGGAGCGCAAGAGGCCGCGGGAACAAUACACUCUGAUUUUAUCCGUGGCUUCAUUCGGGCCGAAGUAAUCCCCUACGAUGACCUUCAUCGGUGUGGCAACAUUGCUCAAGGCCGUAAAGAGGGUGCCCUGCGUUCAGAAGGAAAGACCUAUCAGGUCAAGGACGGCGACGUCAUAAAUUUCCUGGUCAACGUUUGA